ACUAAUUUUCUUAUUCGGAUCACCAUAAAAGCAAAAAUAUGGACGAUAAUUUAUGUCAUAUCUUAGAUACCAACCUCAAAACUUUAAACAAAACUCGUAUCGUCCAUGAAUAAACAUACAGAGUACGCAGUAAAAGAGAUUGAGAUAUACUGUUUAAAUACGACCCUGCUGUUUUAAUCCUCUUCCCUCCAAUUUCUUGCUACAGUUCUCGGCAUUUCAUCUUCUUCCUUCCUUCUUCUAGUGAGAGACCAACGUUCUCCUUUGUUAACUGCAUCUUAAUCUGAAUUACAAUCUGAAACCAAUUAGUCAUUCAUACUCUAAAAUGACACCACCAACAAUGCCACAUCAGCUGCCAGAAGAUGAAGAUGACUUCAUCGACUUGCUGUUCUCGUGCCCAUUCAUUGUUGAAGAAACCUUGCUGCAGACCUCGAGUCACAAUUGUAACUCUACUGAAGUUACUCUGCUUUCUGCAGUCAUCACCGAGCCUCCAGCGACAGCUCUCACACCGUAUGUUUUGGAUUGUGAGGUCACUUGGCCAGCCUCAGUUCCGGAGUCUACUGAAUCUGGUGUUCUUGAAGUUACAGUUUCGGUGCAAUACGAUUACACAAGUCCAGAAGCCAACUUGUUUUCAGAACCUACAGAGAGUGCUACUGAAAGCGCCUCACAACAAGAGUUGAGUUCUAAGGAAGCUCAUACCUGUUCAACGGAUAACAAUACCUCAGCCAAAAAUGAUACAGAUGAUUUAGCUGAGUCUCCAAUACUACAAGAGUUGAGUUCUACUGAAGCUCAUACCUGUUCAACGGAUAACAAUACCUCAGCCACAAAUGAUACAGAUGAUUUAGCUGAGUCUCCAAUACUAAUUCAACUAGAGGACUCUGGUACUCCUAGCACAUACAUGUCAAUGAGUUCGGAUAGUCAUGAUUCCUACACAGAAGAGACUAAAAAUGAGCCAAACCAAAAAUUACUUGAUGAUAUCAGAAAGAUAAACAAUAACCUGGGCAAUAUUGUACUUGAAGUGGAUUCUGUCUCAUCUUCUGCUUUUGGGGCCAUGAACAAGACUGUUGUGAGGUGUUCCUAUAAUCCGAUAGCUUUCUCCAGUGCAAUCAUGAAGCAAUUUGCAUCCUCGAUACCACCAGGAGCUAUUGCAAUAGAGUUUCUUGUUCCCUCAGAUUAUCCCGAUUCUCCUCCUCAGAUCUUAGACAGGCAGCCAGUUGGAUAUAGUAAAGAGGUUAAAGAAAUGCUGAAGGAAGCAAAGUAUAGAUUUUACAGCUUUGCUGAAGGCCUGGAGAAACUGAAAGAGUUGGCUGGUGCUUGGGAUCACUGCGCUUGGUCAACUUUCUAUGAUUUUUCCCAUAAGCAAGCAGAGAAAGGACUAACAAUCAACGAACAGAUCAGCACACUUGCAACUAAGGAGCAUUUUGCAGAGCAAACCAUUGUUUGAUCAAUCAUGCAUGUAACAACAGGAUGGCAGAUCAAUCACUCAGUUACUCGAUUAUUACAAGUUGGGUUGGAUACAAUCUAGAAUAAGCUUGUUACAAUCAUACAAACUCCCAAUUUAGAAUUUUUUUGUGAGAUUUGGAUAUAGUAAACCAAUACUCGUACUUUGUUUUACCAGCCGAGCCUUUUUUACUUCUAAUAAUGGCUCUAAGAAUCGUGCUUUCAAUCAUCAAAUACAUUUAAUUUCUCUUAUUAACAUUGCAACACAACUCUAUCACAUACAUUUCAAUUCGCUUAUUAAUAUUGCUACACAACACUGCCACAUACAUUUCAAAUUUCUUACUAAUAUUGCUACACAACUCUAUACCACAUACAUUUCAUAUCACUUAUUAAUAUUGCUACACAACUUAACCACAUACAUUCCAAUUCUCUUAGUAACUACACAACUCUACCACCACAUACAUACUCAAAUCUCUUAUGAUCUCACCCACUCAUCGGAUACAUAUCAACACUCUAAUAUCACGAGUUCGCAAUCAUUAGUUAACAAAUAAAUGAUCCCCUUUUCAUUGUAAGUCCUCUAAUCAUACUAAACUUGCAAUAUUUUACAUGAGGCUAAUUUUUCCCUUUAAUUGCACCUUUUUUUUUGGUAUAUUCAUCACCUAUUACAUUUAUAUUCACCAUUUGACACAACCAAUAUAUUGAAUUAUUUGUCUUGUAAUCUGAUAAUCUCAUCAUAAAACCUUAAUUAUUAGUUAACAUUCAAUCACCCAAAAACCCUAGUCCACUGAAUAAGUUCUCUAACAUUCUAAUCUAGCCAUUUCAACAAAAUUUGCAAUUUUUUUUUCUUAAAAGUAUCCAAUUUUCCAUUUUUAUGGAAUUCUUGUUCAUGUUAAAAUUGACAUUCAUACAAAAACAUCAGAUUUCUUUAUUCUUCAAGAUGAAAUGUGCAUGAAUUGGGAUCAAAUAAUUAACAAAUUUGACAUGAAUCCAACAAUACAUGAAUUGGGAAAUGGAGUGA